GCGUGAACGAGAAAUAUUAGAUCUUUUGGACUUGUGGGGCGAGGAUAAGGUUCAGGAGGCCUUGCGCAGGUCGCAUAGAAAUAUUGACUGCUAUCAUAAGAUUGCCUCACAAAUGGCUGUACGUGGACACAACAGAUCCGCUCAGGAGUGCCGCAACAAAACCAAGAGCAUGCGCUUGGAGUAUAAAAGGGUCGUGGCUCAUAAUGGCACAUCGGGUAAUUCCCCAACAACAUGCGCUUACUACAGGGAGUUGCACAGCAUCCUGCGUGGGGACGCAAGCGUUAAGCCAAAGCGCAUAGCUCGAAGCUUGAACAUUGCGGUUAAGGAGCUUCCAAGUCGCCCAGAGUUGAUCCCAUCAGACGGUUCAGAAGAACUCUUCUCUCAUGACCUUGUAACCGUGGACUACGAUCACAUACGAAGCUCCACACCUGCUCCAAGAGUUCAAUCCUCCGUGUCCACAGAAGAGGGAACCGACUGUGACCUGGACAACACAGUUGAUGGACUGGCAGACAAAGAAAACAUGGCGCCUUGCAACGAUGCACAGGAAGAUUGGAUUGGUGUGCGGGAGUCCCCUACCUCGCCCAAGGAAUCAACAAUUGAACGCGCAGGAUCUCCAGCAUUAGAACCAGCAGAGCUCUCACCAGGAACACGUCUUUCAAAAAUCAGAAACAGAAAACGAAAAAAUGCCGCUCUUUAUGGUGUGGCGGACCAAAUGCUCAGCCAAAACAGGACUUUGCACCGAGAGCAGCUUAAGGAAUGGAGAGCAGAAAGACAGGAAAAUAUGAGGUGGUUGGAGGAGGAUAAGCGGGUACAAAUGGAUUUUCUGGAGGAAGCAAGGAGGGAAAGGAAUGAUUUGAGGGAGGCAUGGAGGGAAAACCUUGAUAUAAUGAGGGCUGCAGUCGGCACACUGCAAACGCUUGGGGAAUUGAUGGUGCAGCAAAAGCAGACGGUCAAUCCCUCUGACAUGGCACUCAGAAUUCCUGAAUCACAGCCAUCAAUUGUCAGAGCAGCCGGUGCUAAGCGUUCCUGUGUGGGCAAGGCCCGGGAGAGGUUGACGUUGUAGAAUUGUUUACAGAGCCCUCUUUCAUGUUAUGUUGUGUGUUGUGUUAACCAUCCACUGUCAGGGAAAGCAUUUCUA